UUGACGAGAUGUUAAAGUUCAGCCACUCCACGUGGGUGUUAUCGUUCUACAGAUGAGGUAAACCAUACUGAUAUUAAAAGACAUACAAAUCUCUAAUUUCUUGGUUAAGUUAACACUUACACAGAUAUGGCGGAUAAACACCAGCGGACGUAAUAAAAGCUAUCGAGCUACAUACAUUGAAGAGACUGAAUGUCAUGACAUGCUGAAUUUUUGUCGGGUCGUUGAUGUUUUAUCGAGUCAAAGGUUAAUUCCAGCUAUCAAAAUCAAAGGGUGGCCAGAUCCCAUUUUAAAGUCCCGUUUGUUUUGCGUAUCCUGCAAAAUGACCGAGGAUCCAACAGAAACAAAAGCUUUGAAAAGAUCAGCAGAUGAUGCAUUGGUUGAGACCGAGCAUGAAGACAAGAAACUUAAAACGGAUCAAGAUCAGCAAAAUGUUGACAGAAAACACCCGAAGAAGAAGGUGGCAUUGCUGAUGGCAUAUUCGGGCAAGGGGUAUUAUGGGAUGCAGAGAAAUGCAAAGAACUCCCAGUUUAGGACCAUCGAGGAUGAACUGGUCUCGGCUCUUAUCAAAGCAGGAUGUAUACCUGAGGGUCAUGGAGAAGAGAUGAAGAAGAUGUCUUUCCAAAGAUGUGCACGAACAGAUAAGGGUGUUUCUGCUGCGGGUCAAGUUGUGUCUCUGAAGCUGUGGAUGAUUGAAAACAUCCUGGCCAGCAUCGAUGCCCAUCUGCCACCCCACAUAAGAAUUUUAGGUUACAGAAGAGUCACUGGUGGCUUCAAUGCCAAAAACAACUGCGAUGGCAGAACUUACUCUUACAUGCUUCCGACAGUCGCUUUCUCCCCAAAAGACUUUAAUCAGGAAGACAUGUCGUUUCGUUUGACCUCCGAGACCCUUCUGAAGGUCAACCGUUUGUUCGGCCUAUACAAAGGCACCCACAAUUUCCACAACUUCACUUCGCAAAAGGGUCCCCGGGACCCCAGCGCCAAACGCUACAUCACUCACAUGUCAUGCGGGGAGCCCUUUGUAAAACAGGAUGCGGAGUUUGCCGUCAUCAACGUAAGAGGCCAAAGCUUCAUGAUGCACCAGAUCCGCAAGAUGAUCGGUCUUGUGAUCGCGGUUGUUAAAGGAUACGUGGGUGAGGAGGUGAUCGAGAGGAGCUGGGGGGAGGAAAAGGUUGAUGUUCCCAAGGCACCGGGGCUCGGGUUAGUGCUGGAGAGGGUGCACUUUGAUCGUUACAACAAACGCUACGGUGGAGAUGGUAUCCACGAGACUCUGGAUUGGACUGAAGAGGAACCUGCUAUUGCUGCUUUUAAAGACAAGCACAUUUAUCCAAGCAUCGUAGAAACUGAGCUUCAUGAGAAGUCCAUGGUGAAUUGGAUGGCUACGCUAUACAUCCAUAAUUUCGAAGCGACAGUGACGGGAAACCAAGAGAACAAAGAUGAUGAUGAUGAUAAUGGAAAUGCAUCUGACUGAUGACAACGAUGGAAGUCUAACUGAAAUGCUGAAUAGCAGAACUUUUUUAUUAUUAUUUUAUUUUUUCCUUACUUCCCUCAAGCUUCCUGAAUAAUGCAGAUUCUGAAAUAAAAUACUUUUAUUACAA